CUCCAUCUCUCCUCUCUGUCUCUCUCAGGGGGGAAAGGGAAAAUAAGGGGAACGAAGGGAAGGGAAAACCCUAACAGGAGAAAGAAGCGGAAGAAUCAGGAGGCGGAGAAGGAGGGAUGGGGAAGAAGCGGAAGUUGCAGAAGAAGGCAGCGGCGGAGGAAGCGAACAGCCACCAGGGUGAGGAGGAGGCCCAGCAAGACCCUGGCCCGGACUCCGUUCAGAAGCUACUUGAGGCCUUCAGCAAAGAGCAGCUCAUCGAGCUCGUCUGCGAGGCGGCCGCCGAAGAUGACGCGUUCCUCGCAGAUAUCAAGCGUACCGCCGACAAGGACGUCGCCCACCGCAAGAUCUUCGUCUACGGCCUGGGCUGGGAUGCCGAUCGAGAUGCCCUGCUCUCCGUCUUCAAGAAAUACGGCGACCUGGAGGACUGCAACGUUGUGCUCGACCGCGCCACCGGCCGCUCCAAGGGCUACGGAUUCGUCCUAUUCCGCCACCGCAAGGGCGCUGUCAAAGCCCUCAAGGAGCCCCAGAAGCGGAUAAAGAAUCGCUUCGCCACCUGUCAGCUCGCCUCCGUCGGGCCCGUCGCCACCAGCCACUCCUCAGACGUCGCCGCUCGCAAGAUCUACGUCAGCAACGUUCCCGCCGAUGCGUCGCCAGAGAAGCUGCGCGCUAUGUUCGCUCGGUUCGGCGAUCUCGAGUCGGGCCCUGGCGGGUUCGAUACGGCGACGGGCAAGUCCCGCGGCUUCGCCCUCUUUCUGUACAAGGCUGUCGACGGUGCCAAGAAGGCGUUGCAGGAGCCGUAUAAGAUGUUUGAAGGGCAUCAGUUGCACGUCCGAAAGGCUGCUGAGUACCCGAAGGCCGGUGGGAAGCCGAUUAUGGCAGCUCCUCUGGUGCCAGGCGCAGCUACUCUCGUUCACGUACCCGCCGUGGGUGCCGGAGUGGUGCCAGCCAUGAUCAGUCAUGGUGAUCUUGCAUUGACACAUGCAGCUGGAGCUGUCUUUCCGGGCGCUCUGCCGAUGGCGUCAAUGGUGCCCCAGGUGGGAAUGGCCGGGUCCUUUCUGACAGCAGGCGGGACGGGUUUGGCGGGACCGGGUUACGGACAGGGGUUGGCUGGUUAUGGUGCCCAGCAGCAGCAGCCCGGGUUGAGCGGGCUGAGUUCAUCUGUUCUUGGUGCAUACGGCAUGCAGGGAAUUCAAAGCGGACAGCUGGGACAGUCAUCGGUGAGGGCGCAAGUUGGUGGAAGCAGUUUGGGAGGAUUACCUUCAUACACUUCGCUUUAGGUGUUCAUCUUAUUGUUGGUGUGGAUCAAUUCUAAUUGAGGGAAGUCUAGUUUUCUGGGCCUAUUGAUGCGAUCAGAUUUUCAUGAGAACCCAAUGCAUGUGAGAGUGAUAAUUCACAACUGAGAUUGUGAGUCGGACUCCCUUUGUUUACAGUGGAAUUGCUCAUGGAACAUGACAGUUCUUACAUGAUUUUGCAGUUUCAGAAAGUGAUUUCACAAGAAUGAAAAGGUGAAUUUGAAUCCGAUGAAUGUGUAGGGGGUUAAAGAUGCAAGAAGUUAUUUGUGGGAAUCAUGCUGUGCCAUUCUAGGGAUGAUUUUCUUUCCUUAUGAUGGAAAAAUAGUCUUAUUCCAGAAGAACCUUAUUAUCUCAGAUUGUCAGUAGACACAAUGAGGGGGUGUACAUCUCCGGUUUUUGUAAGUCAUUUAUAGAUGGAAGGAGCAGCUAGUGAGCAUAGCCUGUUUGUAACUUUGUAUGCCAGGAGCGGAGGCACGUGUGGGCUCCUUGGGGCAUACGUGUAUGCCCCACGGAGCCCCCCCCCCCCCCUUCUUCAGUGGCUAGAGAGUCACUGGACCUGGGUUGGAUCCAGGUCCAGUUGUAUGGGACUGCCCUACGAGACGUGGGUUGCUGCCCUGCAACUCCUCUUUUGCUCUUCGCUCUUCCUCUGCAAAACAAAAAUAAAAUUUGUGUUGAGAACAAUUUGUGAAAACUAGAAAGGCUGGAAACCCUCGCCUCUUUGGUGUCCUCGCCGGCUCGCCGGUUCCGGUCACAGUCACCUUCUGCUGGCGUCAGACGACCACCUCCUCAGGUCAGAAAACAGUAUCAGCAGAUUCAGCACUGCAUAGGUGGGUGACCCUUUCUAAGUUUCUCCCUCCCUCUCUGUAACGAUGCCACUUUUCCCAUCGUUUUCAUUCCCAUUUUCUUGACUGAUGCCUCUCUCUCUUUUUUCUCCCUCCCUCAGCCUCAGGCCUGUCACAGUGUCACCCGUGGCCCUGUCAGUGGGUGACGCCGCUGACGCCUGAUGCUUCUCUGGAGGUGGUAACCCCCCCACCUGCUGCUCCAAGCCUUCACCGGUGACUGAACCACGCGGUGAGUCACUGAGUCUCUCUUCUUUGAUUGUCUUUUUUUUUUCCUGCUUUUGAUUUAAGAAUUAGGGACUUGCUCAAUUGCUGUGGCAUCUAGGGAUUUGUUGUGUGGUGUGUAGCAUUUAGGGAUUUGCUUUGCUCAAUUGUUGUGCUGUGUAGUUUAGGUAUGUGGCCAUUUGGGCUUCUAGUUCUAGAUAAGAUAAACGACUUCAUAUUGCUAUGUUGUAUGUCGUGUUUUUUUGUGUGUGCACUGUGCAGGUUCAUUUGAUUCAUUAUUUAGUUUUUAAAUUUUUUUUCUUUUCUUGCAAAGUUUCAUCUCACCGUAUUGUGGCAGUGGUUGUUUUCUUGUUCUUGUUUCUCUUUUUCACUUCUUUAGUUUUCAGAUAACCAAUUUCUUUCAUAGUUAUUUUUGUUGGGUACAUCUUACAGAAUCUUGAAUUAUGAUUUAGGAAAAGAAAAAAAGAUUAUCAAACCUUCUAACUUUCGGUUUUCCAUAAUUUAAGUAUGUUAUGUUCUUGUUUUCUUUCUUGGGUGUUAUGAGUGAAAAACCUUUUGCAGAAAAGUGGGUUAGCUUGUGUCUUUUGUAUCGGAGAUAUGGGAGAUGAUCAUAUUUGCAGUUUAUCACUUCAUUGUACUUUAUUGUACAUGGGGUUUUAAAUUUUUAAUCAGUAAAUGCAGCCAUGUGAUUUUGCCUUCUUAUCCCUAAAUUAAGAAUAAGCUGGCUGGGGUACUAGAGUAGUUUUUCCCCUUUUGUUCAUAAAGUUUGCAGAAAACCCUCUAAAAUUAAGAAAUAUUAUAUGCAGCCUUGAUCUGUUUGUUUAUCUGUAAAAGCAGCGUUGAAAUUUUGAAGUUUUGAUACUAAUGUUUAGUUGCUCAUAGGAAAGACUAGUGUCUUUUCUAUACUUCAUUCUGUUAACUUUUGGAGGAUGAAUUCCUAAGAUAGGGGUGUAUAGUGAACGACCUUAUGCUGGAACAAGCUAAUGAGCGCAGUCCAAAACUAGCUUGCCCUCAACUAGAUCAAACCUGCUUGAUAUUGCCAUCUCUUGUAGUCUUGUUCUCUAUCAUUUAGUUAAUAAUUAUGGUUUUUUUUUAUGGACUACAGCAAGCUCUUACUUUUGUAAUAAUAUUUUAGUACCCCAUGGAAAAAUAUUUCUGGCUCCGCCUCUCGUAUGCCUUGCAUAUUUUAUCAUCUUAAAGACAUGCUAACUGUUUGGGUUUCACCAAGUGCUUCGACGUCUUCAAGUAUUGAGUUAGUGCAAAGAAUCAAGCUGACAAAUUUAUGGUGGGGAUUUUCCUU